UUCAACUUGACACAUGAACAGAAAAGAAACUCGAUUUUCCUUCUUCUUGUAUUAUAUCGAACGAAUGUUGACCAUUCAUCUUCACAUUGUUUGCUAAAGUUUUCCUUUUAUUUCCUCAUAAAUUUCUAACUUAAAAUGGUUUUCAUAAAAGAAUGGGAAGACUUUGAAAUUGCCGUUGAAAAUAUGUACAUGGCUGAUCCGAAAAAUUGCCGCUACACAAUGAAAUACGUCCAUUCAAAAGGCCACAUACUCCUCAAGAUGACCGACAAUGUUAAGUGUAUUCAAUAUAAAGCCGAAAAUAUGCCAGAUCUGAAAAAAAUAGAAAAACUAACUGGGAAUCUUAUGGGACACAUGGCUUCAAAAGAAUGAGGAAGGGAUCUUCUUCAUUUGAAAGGGAAAAAUAUAAUAUAUUGUGCAUUUUAAGUAAUACUUCUUAAGUAAUUUUAAAUAAUGAGGAAACAAAAAAAAAAACAGAACAAAGGGAAGCAGUAAAAUCUUUUCCUAAAACAUUUCUAUGAAAUGAAUUCUUUUUGUAAAUUUGUUAAUAAAAAGUGCGAAACGGAAAGUGGA